GAAGAUACGAAGAAUCUUUCGAAAAAUUAAAAGACAUUCAAAAAUUUGAUAAAGGUGGAUUCGGGGAAAUUUAUUCAGCAAUUUGGAUCGAUGGCAAGCGAAAAUAUACAACUGAAAACAGAGAGAUAAGGUUAUCACGAGAGCAGAACUGCAAAGUUGCACUCAAAAGCUUAAAUGAUUCAUCAAACUUUUUGAAAGAGGUUAAGGCUUAUUAUGAAUGUCAGAUUGAGGUACCGGAUGAAGCAUCGGAUGAGGUACCAAAUAAUGCACCAGAUGAGGAAAAUUGCAGCAAACAGGGUAAAAAGAAAUAUGUUCCGGAUAAAAACAAAUAUGUUAUGGUUCUUGAAUAUGCAGAUCAAGGCAAUCUUCGAACAUAUCUAUCAAAAAAAGAAAAUUUUACCAACCUUUCUUGGAAACAAAAAAUAGAAAUUCUUUACUCUAUAUCAAAUAAUUUAAAUCACAUUCAUAACAUAUCUCAUCUUUGCCAUAGAGAUUUACAUAGUGGUAAUAUACUUAUGACUAGCGCUGCAGAUCUUAAAGGUCUCAAGUUUAAUAUCUUUACUGUUGGUAGCAAAAUAAUAUUAGUUUCACGAAAUAAUACCGGAGAAAAGCCAAGAAUAGAACCAAAAAUUACUGGUUUUGGUCAGUCUACGGAUAAGAUUAGUUCUACGUUCAAAAUAAGUAAAAGUAAUUCUACAUCAUUGGCUUCUUCGCAGAAAUAUCAACGUAUUGACACCUCUAUCAUUGCAG